AUGCCAGUUUCAAAAGUUCAACUGCCUAAAAAUUAUCAACCUGAAAUCUUGGAGCUGUUAAAAUCUAACAACUUUAUUAAUAAUUCCAAGAAAGUUCACGAUGUUAAUGCUGAUUUCAAAUUUGAUAGCAAUGGAAAACACAUUUCCAUUUCAAGCAAAGACGACGAUACUCUGUAUAAUGCUGUCAGGAAUAUACAAAGACAAAUAGACUCAAUAAAAAUAUCAAACAUUUCACCAACUUGUAUCAGUCAGACGUUGUUGCAGAGAAUUGUUCAGAGUGAUGUUUUUCAUGGCUGGUUCAAAAACUUCAUGAGGGAUAACGAGGUUAAUGACGUGAUGUUGAUCGACAAGAAAAACAAUGAAAUUGCAGUUAUCGCUAUUAUGGAUGCAAAAAUAAAAUUGUUCACAUCUUGGUUGAAGAAAGUGGUUGUAAAGGAGCAUAUAACAUUCCUUCACUUGCAUAAUGAAACAGCAUUGGAAGAGUUGGGCAAAUUCUUCUCCCACCUUCAGUCAAUUUAUUACAUCGUUGUUCAUGUUGCAAAAAAUUCCUUAAAAAUUGAAGGCUUCGUACCGGAUGUUUACCCUGCAAAAGGCAGUUCAUGUGUGCUAUUGGAAGGCAACCAAGUUUGCGUGUGUUCAAAUUCAAAUCAAGCCAACCCAGCCAUACUUCGUAUGAGUUUGCCAACGUGUAAUGUACUCGUCGAAAAAUGUACGUUUAUAUCAUAUAUAUAA